GGGGCUUUCCUUGGGCGCAGUCAAGGGCUCACAAGCCACAUCAUUCAUCCUUUUUUGCUAUCAUUAUUACAUGAUUACCCCUCUGAUGUCCUCUUCCUUGCUGUUCUUCGCUCGAUCUUAUUCGUCAACAGGCCCUUGACUCCGAGACUCCCCAUUCACUUUCCACCGGGGCUUGCGUCAGGCUGCAGGGCCGACUGUUCCUUCAAUUGCUUAUCACAUUAGCCCACCCUCAAUCCCGCUUCUUGCUCUUUCCCCCACCUCAUUCAUCUCACCCGUCAGACUUACUUAUCCUAAUAUAUAUCUCACAGCGCUCACGUCAUUUCUUUCUCAACUUCUUUUUUUUGUCACGCAACAUCCAAACACAAUAAUCAACGCGAUAUUCUUUUGUUAUCGGUGUUCUUCACUCUUCGCAACACUCGGAUUCAAAUCUACAUCAUAUCGCUGAGAAAUUCGUCAUCGCUUGUGGCGCGGGCUCAACCGCUUGAGCUGAAUCAUGUCUGAAUAUUCUUAUGAUUACGGCGACCGGCGGUAUCGUCAUAGCCGCCCGGCAACUGAAUACUACGAAACAGUCUACCAAGAUCCUUAUGCGCCGUAUCAGAAUCGCCAGCUGGAACUAGUUCAUCGUCCUCGUCAAGAGAGCGACCUCUCCGUUGAGGAGAUCCAACGAGACUUUGCUCCAGGAACUGAAUAUAGCCGUCGCACCGUAAGAGAAGGAUACCCUUCUCGACGUGCUUAUUCUCUGGAGCGAGGCCGACGGGGUGAUGACUACUAUUCUGCAUACUAUAGCGAUGAUCCUCGUCGCUCAACAGGAGGACUCGAAGAGAGGGGUGGUCGCCGGAAACAUCGCGAAGAAAAAGGCUCUCAUCGACGAUCUCCUUCCCGGGCUCAGGAGUUUGCAGCCGCAGGUGCAGGUGCAGCGCUUGCUAUUGGAGCAAAAGAAUUGUGGGAUCGUCGUGACGGCGAAAAGCGGUCUCGCUCAAGAAACAAACUUGCCACUGCUGCCCUUGGUAUUGCUGGAGCCGCGGCAGGUGAUUAUGCUCUGAGACAAUAUACCCGCAGUAAAUCCAGAAAGCGGGAAGAACGUGACGACUACGACUAUGAUGAUGGUCGUUCUGGCAGACCUCGCCCGGAGCGACGCAAGUCAACCGGUGAAAAGGUCCUGGAAGCAGUUGGCCUUGGCGGCGCGCUUGGUGCUGCGUCAAAACACAGAGGUGGCAGCCGUCAUGACCAUUAUGACGACUAUGAUGACAGACACGGUCGUCACCGUGGCCGAAGUGUCGAGAGGAACGAGAAGAUUGAACAAGCCGUCAAAGCAGCAGUCACAGCUGGUGCGAUCGAAGCAUUUAGGAGCCGCAAAGAGGCUGGGCCUUGGACUGGAGACAAAGGUCGUAGAGUCCUGACUGCAGCCAUUGGCGCAGGCGGCGUCGAUGGUCUAGUUGACCGAGACCCCGAGCGUCACAGUAAACGCCACAUUGCGGAAGCAGUCAUUGGUGGCUUGGGUGCCAACCGGCUCAUCAAUGGAGAGCGAUCUCGGUCAAGAGGACGCGGACGGAGCCAAUCGGGAGACCGCUACUCUUCCCGCGGCCGAAGCGGCUCGCGUGGUGGUGGCCUCAGAGAUCUUUUGGCUGGAGGCGCCGUCGCCGCUGCAGGCAAGAAGCUUUACGAUCGUGCUCGAAGCAAGUCCCGUGGCCGUCGCAGCUCAUACAGCAGCGGAAGCGAAAGCAGCCGCAGUCCGCCGCGUCGUCGGUCUCACAGGACUCGCAGUAUCGAUGGUGAUCGCGAUCUCUAUGCCAAUGAUCGCAGAGUCCGCAAUGGCCGCGGCCGUAGCCGCAGUAGUAGCCGCAGUAGUAGCUCGGAUGGAUACUCCAGCUCGGAGGAGAAUAAGAAACGCAGCAAGCUCAGAGGUAAGGAAUUUCUCACCGCCGGCCUCGCGACGGUGGCCACCAUCCACGCUGCCCACAAUAUCUACAAGACAAAUGAAGCUCGCAAGAAACGGCACAAGGAAGUUAAGGAAGGUAAAAUGUCAAAGGAAGUAGCACAUCGAAAGAAGCAACAGGCUUUGGUUAAGGAUGCCGCUUCGGUUGGAUUGGCGGCUCUUGGAAUCAAGGGUGCCAUGGCUGAGUGGAAGGAAGCGAAAGAGCAGCGUGAGGAGUGCCAUCACUUUGACAGCGAGAGAGAGGAGCGGCGAAGAAAGCACUUGGAACAUAUGGAGAAGCAACGCAGAAGACAAGAAGCCAGGACUAACGGGUAUCGUAAUUCAGCGCCAGAUUUGUCUCGAGCCUACGGACCCGUCUAUCAAGACGGCAAUCCGUACGCUGCGGGAGCUAUGCCCCCUCCGCCAGUUGGAGCGCCACCGCCGCCUGUCGCCUAUGAGGACAGGCGCUACUACGCGGUGUAGGUCGUCAUCAUUAAUGGCGGCAGGGGUGCCCGUAUGCGCUCUUUGAGAUGCUGGGUUAACGAAGAUGACGAAUAACUUAAUUGCAAGACUCGAUUAUUGCAUGUUGGGAGGUAGACGUGGGGU